GAACUCCCGGCCGCGCUUCCCGUAGGGGAAUCCGGGAUUCCUGGGCCCGGCUGAGCAAUCGCCGCCCGCGUUUCCGCUCGUUCAAGGUCGAGUCCGAGGGCGCGGGCUUGAACCCGGGAGCCAGGAGCCGCGGCGCAGGAGUCCGCGCACUGCCCAUGGACUCGCCGGGGGACCCCGAAGGCCCACGCCCCCCAGGAGGUUACAGAGAGCAGCGAGGCCGGAUGUGAUGGCCCUCCAGGAGGUGCAAGGGAGACAUCCAGGCGGCUUUCAAGAGAACAGAUUUUUGUACUGAUAUCAGCAGCUUCCAUUAACUUAGGUUCCAUGAUGUGCUAUUCUAUCCUUGGACCUUUUUUCCCCAAGGAGGCUGAAAAGAAAGGAGCCAGCAAUACAGUUAUUGGUAUGAUCUUUGGAUGUUAUGCUUUGUUUGACUUGCUGGCAUCUUUGGUAUUUGGAAAAUAUCUUGUACAUAUUGGAGCAAAAUUUAUGUUUGUAGCAGGAAUGUUUGUCUCAGGAGGAGUUACAGUUCUCUUUGGUGUAUUGGACCAAGUUCCAGAAGGACCCGUGUUUAUUGCUAUGUGUUUUCUAGUGAGAAUAAUUGAUGCAAUCAGUUUUGCUGCAGCAAUAACCGCAUCUUCUUCUAUCCUUGCAAAGGCUUUUCCAAAUAACGUGGCUACAGUAAUGGGAAGUCUUGAGAGUUUUUCUGGACUGGGCCUGGUACUAGGGCCUCCUUUGGGUGGCUUCUUGUAUCAGUCCUUUGGCUACGAGGUGCCUUUCAUUCUUCUGGGAUGCAUAGUUCUGCUGAUGGUUCCCCUCAACAUGUGUAUUUUACCUAAUUAUGAGUCUGAUCCAGGGAAACACUCAUUCUGGAAACUCAUCAUUUUACCCAAGGUUGCCUUUAUAUCCUUCGUUAUUACCUCACUCAGCUCGGGUUUUGGCUUCCUUGAUCCUACGCUGUCCCUCUUUGUUUUGGAGAAGUUUAAUUUACCAGCUGGAUAUGUGGGACUGGUAUUCCUGGGUUUGGCGCUAUCCUAUACCAUUUCUUCACCACUGGUGGGCCUACUCAGUGAUAAAAUGCCACAUCUAAGGAAAUGGCUUCUCGUUUUUGGAAACUUAAUCACAGCAGGGUGCUACAUGUUCUUAGGACCUGCCCCAUUCUUGCACAUUAAGAGUCAGCUCUGGUUGUUGGUGCUGAUACUAGUCAUAAAUGGUAUCUCUGCUGGAAUGAGUUUAAUUCCAGCUUUCCCGGAGAUUCUCAGUUGUGCACAUGAAAAUGGAUUUGAAGAAGGAUUAAGUACCUUGGGACUGGUGUCAGGUCUCUUUGGUGCAUUGUGGUCAGUUGGUGCUUUUCUAGGACCAACGCUGGGGGGAUUUCUGUAUGAGAAAAUAGGUUUUGAAUGGGCAGCUGCUCUACAGGGUCUCUGGGCUCUGACAAGUGGACUAGUGAUGGGCUUGUUUUAUCUAUUGGAGCAUUCAAGGAGAAGAAGGAGAUUUACCUGUGAUCAAGAUAAACAGAGUCUAGUCUUUAUGGAACUAAUAUUCCAGUGGAAGGGACAAGCAAGAAAUAAAUACCAGAAUCUCUAGUUAUCUUGCAGAGAUGCUGUGAUGAAAAACAAAAACAAAAACAAAAACCUGGUGAUAUGAAAGAGUAAUCGGCUGGAGCUGAUUAGGUGUGAGGAUCCUCAUUGAGAUAAGGCCUUGAACUGAGCUCUGAAGGGUGAGAAUGAGGCAGCCAUUCUGAGGGGAGAGCCCUCCCUAGCAUGUGCAAAACGGCUUGACCUGGUCAAAGAGAAGGCCGUGGCCCACAUGGCUGGAGUCUAGUAAACAGAGGAAUUUGGGCGAGGGAGAGGAGCCGGCUUUUGAAUGGAGGAUUCUAGAAUUUGAUUCAUAUUUCAGGAAGGUCAUUGUGUUUGCAUGGCCAAGGUGAGUGGGGAUGCAGAUUACCAGGGGUGGAGGGAGAUCUUUGGAAUCUUUGAGAGAGACAUUAAUGGUUUGGAUCAGGAAGGUGGUGCUGAAGUGUAGAGAAAAGGAUGUGUUUGGAAGUAGAACCAACAGGGUUUGCUGAUAAUGGACAGAGAAGGGGAGAGAAAUUCAGGAAGACUCCUAGGAUUUGCCUUGAGGGCAUGGGUGGUCAGCUGGUGCCUCUUAGUGAAAUGGGGAAGAAUGGGAGAGAAACAGAUCUGGAAGAGGCACAUUAAACCAUGCCCUUUCACACCACCAUAAGGAAAAAAUAAAUAAAAUUUAGAGGAUCACAAUACCCAGGUUGGAGAAGAUGGACAGCAGCCGGACCACGGACUGUUUCGGAAGACUGUUUGGCAUUAAUUCCCAAAACUGAAUACUCACAGUUCCCAUGAACUCUUCACUCUCCUCCUGCCCCAAGUCCCUUCGCCCUGAGAGCUCUAGAUGCUGGUCCCUUGCCUGCCAAGCACAAGUGGCCUGUCACCCGCUUACCGGAGCGGCACCAGGACGAGUGUGACCCCAGCCCCCUGCACUCGUGUGCACUGCGGAAAGGGCCAGGCCUCGAUUUCCCGGGUUAAAUCGUCCUGGCCCCUCUCCAGGGCUUUCCUUCCUUGGGCGCAGGAUGCAGGCUAAUGCGGGGCCGCCCCUCCUCCGCCCAGUGGCCGAGGAUGCCGCCGAAUGCCUGUAGUUCCCAUUUGUACCACGUGGGGCCGCUAUUAAAGCACCGCGGGGAUCCAGCAGCUCAAAGCCGGGCCGUGGCGCCGGAGCUCGCACCGCUCCCACCGGCGUCCCGGCGUCACUCAGGACUGUCAGCCUAUUACCGUUACCAGGGCUGUUGACUGUUGAGACUAGUUCAAGGUCAACGCAAAGAUUCCAGGCUUACUGGCUAGAGAACUUUUUGUUCUCCCUCCCAACACGCCGCUGUCAGUACCUACUGUGGAUACCAGUGUAUUUAAAGCCGCUUUGUACAAAAACAACUUUGCCCCUUCCUCAUUUUAUGAUUUUGAAGUAUUAAGAUAAAUGACAAAAAAAAGUUAAAAAUAUGAGAAACAAUAGCAGAACUUUGAACCUUUUGAAACCAAAAGGUAGGUCAAAAUUAUCAAAGGAAAUCUGUGUGUUUAUAUUUAUAUAUGUUUAUGUUCAUCUGAAUGUAACAAAGUGCCCAGUUUAAAAGCACUUUUUAAAAAAUGAGACAAUGUAGAAUAUAAUAAAUUAAAAAGUAUCUUUUAUGUUAAGGUCACAUUGCAACCUAUACAUAUAUGACAUACAGACUAAUCCCAAGGAAAAAUAAAAAGGACAAAUUUUUUUAAAUCACAAAUCGUUUUCUCAAUUAAACUUUUCAAAAAAAUUUUUGAGGUAAUUGUUGAUUCACAUGCAGUUGUAAGAAAUAAUACCCAGAGAUCAUCUGUACUCUUUACCCAGGUUCCCCCAGUGGUAACAUCUUGCAACACUUAACAGUACAAUAUUCUAACUAGGAUGUAUUGGUAGAGUCGAGAUAAAGAAAGAUUCCCAGUCUUCAGUUGCCCAUGCUGCUACUUUUCUGUCACCCUCACUCCCUCCUUAAUCUCUGGCAAUCACUAAUCUGUUCUCCAUUUCUGUAAUUUUGUCAUUUCAAGAAUCCUGCGUAAAUGGAAUCCUAUUGUAUGUUAUUUUUGGGGGAUUGCCUUUUUCAUUCAGCAUAAUGCUCUUGAAAUCCAUCCACAUUGUUGCAUGUGUCCAUAGUUCAUUUCUUACUGAGUAGUAUUCCAUGGUGUGGACAUACAUACAGCUUGGUUAUUCAUCCACUGAAGUACAUCUGGAUUGUUUUCAGUUUGUGGGUAAAACAAAUA